AUGAGGCAAGGAAAAUUAUCAGAGCUUAUUCAUUCAUCACAAGGAUGUGAAAACCUUGAUCAUGAUCCAGAUGGCCAUGAGGUUGUACCUCAAUCUCAAUUGAUUAUCUCGCGUCAAGCUUUUCGCAAUAAU